AUGAGACUCACGGGACAAAUUGCACAAAAAUACGGCUUUAAGAAAGAGAUCGUGAGAGAUAUAACCCAAAAGGUGAUAAUGCCGGCGGUUCUGUACGCCUCCGAAAUGUGGGGGCACAGGGCAGAUACGGUGCUGGGGAGGCGCCACUUAGACGCCGCAACACGCCCAAUUCUGCUGCUGUGCAGCGGAGCGUACAGGACAACGUCUAACGCAGCGAUUCAAGCUAUAGCGGGAAUCUCCCCAGUAUGGAUAGAAGCAAGAGAAAGACGACAUACAUACAUACAACAUAAAGAAGACAUACUGAAAAUACAGACGAGAACGACAGAUAGACCACAUCCAAGCUUAGUGGACGUACAAGUACCAACGGACAUACAGGACAGUGUAGAAGUAUGGGUGGAUGCCUGUAAUGGACAGAGAAACAGUGGUCUGGGCCUGGUAGUUUACCGAAACGGGCACAGAGUCAUUGAAACCGGUGUAACGCUGACAAGAAUAAACAACAGUCAAAAGGCAGAAAUGCUGGCAAUAUUAAACGGGAUAAUGCUGGCAAAACAGCAAGGGCAACACAACAUGAUAAUACACUAG